AUGCCUGGCCUAUCCUUAGAAUCACCCGACUUUCUCUCUCUCAUUUGGAAAGGAGUACUUCCUUCGUGGGUGCUAUACAGUGCUGUCAAAGCCGUAUACAACCUAUACUUCCAUCCUUUGGCGAGGUUCCCGGGGCCAAAGCUUGCCGCUGCUAGCGACUGGUGGCAAGCAUACAUCGAGGUAUUCAAGGCCGAGAGUCUCUCGAAGAAGCUUGUCAAAUUGCACGAGGAGUUCGGUGACAUUGUUCGAGUCGCCCCAAAUGAGCUCCACUUCGCGAAGCCCUCUGCCUAUCAUGAGAUCUACAAUGUCAAGAACCGGUGGGAUAGGGACAUGAAGUUAUACCACAUCUUCGCGGAUGAGGUGUCUACACUUACUAUCCCGGACUAUCCGACUGCGAAGAAGCGAAGAGAUAUCUCCAUCCCGCUCUUCUCUCGCAAGAAUGUCAUUGAGAUGCAGCACCUGGUUCAACAGUGUCUGGACACGACUUGCGAGAACAUCGACAAGCACAUUAAGGAGGGCAAGUCUGUCAAUAUCUACAAAGCCUUUCGCUGCUGUGCGGUCGACAUAGUCUUCACUAUAUGCUUCGCACGUAGCAUGAACGCGACCAGUGAACCGGACUUCAGCGCGCCCGUCAUCGCUUCUUUACAUGCUGCAAUGCCUGUCACAGUGAUUUUCAAGCACUUCCCGAUGAUUCAGAAGCUCGUAAGCAUGAUGCCUGCUUGGCUCCUCGUUAAUCUCCGACCGGAGCUGGAUGGGUACGCGAAAAUGCGCAAGAUGCUCACAGACCAGGUCAAGGAAGCCAAAACUAACCCGCAGGCGCUGGCGGACUACCACCAGCCCACGAUUUAUCACGAGUUCCUGAAAGACCCUAAGAACAUCCCUUCCGAUAAAUCCCUACGCGAUGAGGCCGUGCUCUUCGUGAACGCUGGCACCGACACAGCAAGCAACACCAUCAUCGCGGGCGUGCUCAACAUUCUGGCAAACCCGGAGAUUCUCGCGAGGCUGCAGCAGGAACUUGUCGAGGCGUGGCCCAACCUCGACAAUGUUCCGCGCUUUGAGCAGCUGGAGAAGCUCCCCUAUCUUACGGCGGUCCUCAAAGAGAGUCUGCGCACUACCCAUGGCGUUGUGCAGCCUAUGACGCGUGUCGUUCCCAAAGAGGGCGCGCAGAUCUCUGGGCGGUUUAUCCCUGGUGGUAGCGUCGUUGGAAUAAGCAAUACCUUCGUCCACCUGAACGAAGACAUAUUUCGCGAUGCCUGUGCCUUCAAACCUGAGCGCUGGCUUGACUCCGAGGGCGAUUUGGACACUUGGCUGGUCGCGUUUUCAAAAGGCCCUCGUAGCUGCCUCGGUAUCAACCUUGGAUGGUGCGAACUUUAUAUGAGUAUUGCGAAUCUGGUCCGCCGGUAUGACCUGAAGCUCGAUGGCGUUGGACCCUCGGACUGGGUGUGGAGAGAUCUUUACCUGCCUCACUUCGUGGGACCCGACUUGAUGGUUAAAGCCCAGCGCCGCACAGUAUAAUCCAGCGCUGGCUUCUAUGCACAUUCAUUUCUUCUCGAAAGCUAUAAAACACUGCGUUCAUUAGUUUAUCGUUAUAUCCUUCUGCUUAAACUUCUACUCUUUGGGUCGUGUAGGACACGUCGCGUAACGCGGCGCGUCGAAGGCUGUUUGAUUUCUCUUGUUAUAAGCUAAUAUACUGUGGCUUCGCUGCCCUGCCACUGCUGUUCUCGUAGUUGCGGUUCUGCGGCUUGGCGAUUUGGGAAGUGAAUUUCAUGGCUAGAAUGUU